AGAUCCCCUUGUUGAUAUUUGCACGUCACUUUAAUAGUUCUAUUUAUAAUUCUCACAUUUUAUCACCAACAAAAUUUAUAUAUUUUCCCUUCCCUACUUUUUGUCAUUUUUAAAGAAAAGAACCAAUAUGGACAAGAUUCGUGAGAAAAUUCAUACUAUUCGCGCUGAAGCUGAUGCUGCUAAUGCCAAAGUAGAGGAAUUAGAAGCCAAAGUAAAGGAGUUGGAACAAGAGCAAACUCAACAAGAGAGAGAGGUUGUUUCUUUAACCAACAAGAACAAACACUUGGAAGAAGAGCUCGAGUUUGCUCAUGAGAAAAUCAAAGAGUACAAAGACAGUGAAACUGAAGGAAAUGACUACAAGAGAGAUUUAGAAGACGCCCUUCGUAGAAUUUCUUUACUUCAAACCGAGUUGGAGGAUUCAGACAAGUCACUUAAAGAAACCACCACCAACUUCCGUGACGCUGAUGUCAAGGUUGAACAGCUUGAGAAGCAGGUGGGUCAAUUGUCCACUAAACUCACCGAAGAGGAAGAGAAGGUCGAGUCCCUUGAACACAAGAACAAGGAAUUGGCUGAACAAUUGGAGGAAAUCAACAAGCAAUUGGAUGAUAUGUAAAACAGAAAAUCACAUUUAAUAAUAAAUAUAAACUUCAUUGUAUAAAGUUA